UGUUAGUCACAUGUCACAUGUUAUUGAAGAUCCCAAUUAUCUCUUUGCUAAAGAUCACAAGGAGAGACCAUGUUUUAACAUAUAAAAUAUAGCGAAUGUAUAAAGCUCACACUGAGCCUCGAGACCAGUUCUUAAAGUAAAGCGCGCUUGCGAUUGCGGAUCAGUCAUGGACAAGGGCAACGCACUGUUGCAGAUACACUUGGAAAGACCUCUCUACGAACACGAAACGCUGAAUCAGAAUUAUGAUUACGAGAAGCCAAAAUCAUCCUUGAUGCGGGAUGCAAUGAACGAUGUUAAAUCGAAGAACUGGCAGUCCUGCGUAGGGUCAACGGUACCGGUGAUACGGUGGCUUAGCCGAUACACGUGGAAGGAAGACAUAGUACCUGAUAUCAUUUCGGGUCUAACUGUGGCGAUUAUGCACAUACCGCAGGGUAUGGCCUACGCGCUCCUGGGAAAUCUACCGCCGGUGGUUGGCAUAUACAUGGCCUUCUUUCCUGUCUUCGUGUAUUUCUUCCUCGGCACCUCCAAGCACGUAUCCAUAGGAACUUUCGCCGUGGUUUGCCUAAUGACCGGCAAAGUAGUAACGUUUUACUCGAGUCCACACGCGGGACACACGUUUGCGAAUGUCUCGGAUGCCGUUUCGCAAAAUCUCGAGGAUGUCGCAUAUGUAUAUACACCUAUGCAGGUAGCAACGGCUGUGACACUAAUGGUCGGGAUACUUCAGAUAAUAAUGUAUACAUUCCGAUUGGGCAUUGUGACAACGUUGCUCAGCGAAACUUUAGUCAACAGCUUUACGACAGCAGCUGCCGUUUACGUUUUAAUAUCUCAAAUCAAGGAUCUUCUUGGUUUAAAACUGCCAAAGCAAAAAGGUUACUUUAAACUGAUUUUUACUGUUAUAGAUAUAUUUAAAGAAAUUAAAAACGUCAAUAUAGCUGCUACAGUAGUAUCAACUGUAUCAAUUGUUAUUCUUGUUUUUAACAAUGAAUUUCUAAAGCCAAGAGUGAACAAAAAAUGCAGCAUACCAAUACCCAUUGAACUUAUUGCAGUGAUUGGUGGGACAUUGGUCUCUCGUUAUUGCGACUUACCAAAGAUUUAUAAUAUCGAAACUGUCGGACAUAUUCCCACGGGACUUCCUAAGCCAGAGGUGCCAAGUUUUGAAUUGUUACCUUUAGUGUUGGUCGAUAGUAUUGCGAUAACCAUGGUUUCGUAUACCAUCACCAUAUCAAUGGCAUUAAUAUUCGCGCAAAAGCUCAACUACGAGAUAGAUUCGAAUCAAGAACUCUUUGCAAUGGGCUUUAGUAACAUAAUGGGUUCCUUCUUUUCGUGUAUGCCAAUAUCGGCAUCCUUGAGUAGAUCUCUCAUUCAGCAAACCGUCGGGGGACGUACACAGAUAGCGAGCAUUGUGUCUUGCUUAUUACUGCUCAUUAUACUUUUGUGGAUUGGACCAUUUUUUGAGCUUCUACCGAGAUGUGUCUUGGCUUCCAUAAUAGUUGUAGCAUUAAAAGGAAUGUUUCAACAAGCCAAUCAGCUCGUUAAAUUUUGGAAAUUGAGCAAGGCCGACGCUAUAAUUUGGAUCGUAACAUUUCUCGUCGUGACACUGAUAAAUAUCGACGUCGGAUUACUCGCGGGAUUGCUCGUGUCACUGAUUAUGAUUCUACUGCAAGUUAUUCGGCCUUACACAUGUCUGUUGGGUCACAUACCACAUACAGAUCUGUACUUAGACAUGGGUAGAUACAAAGCGGCAAUAGAGAUACAUGGGAUAAAAAUUAUUCAUUAUUGCGGGACUUUGAAUUUUGCCAAUAACAGCUACUUCAAGUCUCUCGUAUACAGACUUGUAGGAGUGUGUCCGCAAAAAAUUAUCAAGUACAGAAAAUUGACCGAGGAGGGUCGUUUCUUGAAAGAGAAAAAUUCUAGGGGGACGUGCGACGUGCAGUGUAUAAUAAUGGAUAUGAGCGCGUUGAGUUAUAUCGAUCCUAGUAGCGUUCAGGUAUUGCAUGUAAUCGUAGAGGAAUUCACGCGGGUGAAUAUCGAGUUUUAUUUUGUCAAUUGUCCUAGUCCUAUUUUCGAAACGAUCAAGAAAUGUGAUCUAUAUAUCUAUGGGACGAUGUCGUUGAAAAUCUUUGCAACUAUACAAGAUGCCAUCGCUUAUUUUCAAAAUGAGAUCACCUCAAGAUAAUAGAAAAUAGUUUUCUAUUGUUAUGGCGUAUAUAUUUGUUAUAUAACUAUUAAUGUGUGAUGGAGGAAUGAAUAUGAUUUGAACGUGCAUUUCACACUAUUUUUUCUCUAUGAUAUUACGUCUUUGCAAGAUACUUAUAUUGUUCGUGAAAAUGAUACAAGCGUAAGAAUUAUAUUUUUUACUUGUUGUUAAUAUUUUACAAUACAGCACAAGAUGCAUUGUGUCACAUUAUGCAAUUGAUAGA